AUGCCUACUAGAACGGCAGACUGCCCCCCAGAAUCGCUGUACACAUACUCCGCCCGAAGAUGGCUCUGGGACGAACCUGAUCAGCUCCAACGCAGAUACGUCCGAUUCAAUAUCAACGCUCUCAUCGAGAUCGCCGAGAAAGCAGCAGGAUACGAUGCAGACUGCGUGAAUCUGUCCAGACUCCCCGAGGGAAACUCGAAUAAAAUCUUUCUUGCCGCGAUGAGAGAUGGACAGCAGAUUAUUGUGAAAAUCCCGAAUCCGAAUGCGGGGCCGAAGCAUUAUACUACUGCGAGUGAGGUUGCGGCGAUGUGUUUCUACUUCCAGGCCCGAGAACGUCUCAACAUCCCCGUUCCAAAACCCCUCGAUUAUUGCACCGACGCCAACAGAACCAAUCUUGGGGCCGAGUACAUCGUAAUGGAAAAGGCGCCCGGAGUAGAGCUAUCUCAUAUAUGGGAUGAGCUAAAAGGCCGACAGAAAGUUUCUAUCGUGGAACAGAUUGCUGAUGUCAGCUGCAAACUUGCCCGAGCUAGGUUUCCGGCCUAUGGUGCUCUGUAUAAGAGACGGGAUGUUGGUCUGGAUGAGAGCGUUGCCAUUGACGAUGAGUUUGUGGUUGGUCGUACGCUUGGACGGGCUUGGUUCGAGGAUGGCAGGGGCCAUGUUGAUAUUCACAGGGGGCCUUGGAGCUCGGUAGAAGAUCUUAUCAAGACAGUCGCCCAGCGAGAAGCUGCAUGUAUUGAUAACCUCCCGUCCUUCCGUCGCGACAGGCAGCAGGGCAUAUUCGGCGGGCCUGGGGGGUAUAUGCCCACGAAAGAAGCAAAAAAAUCCGUCCUGCGGGACUUCCUCAAGAUAUGCUCUUAUCUCCGCCCUAAAAUCGAUGCUCUCUCAUCCGGUAUCCUCUGGCACAGUGAUCUCCACACAGACAACAUCUUCGUCGACGCUGAGAACCCAUCCCAGAUUACAAGCAUUGUUGACUGGCAAGGUGUAUCCAUUAACCCAAUCUUCCUGACUGCUCAACAUCCCUUCCUAAUUGACCAUGAGGGCCCCAAAUUAGAAGGACUUGUUCGGCCUGCUCUUCCUGAAAACUUUGACUGGCUUGCUCCUGCGGAACAAAUUGCUGCGAAACGGCUGUUCCUGUCUCAGACGCUUUGGGCUUUGUACGAAGUUAGCGUCCAGAGAGCCGUGCCCGAGCUGUUGCAAGCUUUUCGACACAGGACUACACUCCAAGGGCAGAUCCUGGGGUUGAUUGGAGCGAUAUAUGAUGAUGGCGAGCCGUACGUUCAAAUCCUGCUUGCAGAUAUCGCGGAAGAGGACAUCUGGAAACAGGUAGUCGGGGAGGAUGAAGAUGGAAAUCCAAGUAUCCGGUGUCCUAUAUGGUAUUCUGAGCAGGACAAGGAAAGACAGAAGACGGACCUUGCGAAUUGGGAAAGGGAUGUUGAGAGAAAGUUCGAUGUGCUUCAUGAAAUAGGUCUUCAUGCAGGAUGGGACGGGGCUGUUGCUCCUGGUGAUUACGAUGAAGUGGUUAGAAGACUGGCAGCUGCGAAACAGAGGUUUUUGGAUAGAGAAUCAGCAAACGAACAGGAGAGAGCACGAUGGGAGGAGGUUUGGCCGUUCCAGGAUACUACAGGAUAG